CUGUUGCGAUCAUGUCUUGUUCUUUUUCGCCUUUCUACAGAACCGUUUCGUGUUAACUCAAGUAAACAAAUCAUUAUUGGUUUCAUUUUUCUUGUAAUUGUGCAAACUAAUUGUCCCACAAUGGCACAGAAAUCUAUAUUAUCAUUUUUCACCAAAUCAAAUGCGAAAAAGAGUGAUAAUCCAUCCGGUCCCAUGGGUUCUUGCACCGGUGUGGAAGCGGUGAAGGGGGAGAACAACAACAAUGCGUUUGGCUCAAAGAAACCGGAAAGGCCAACCGUGGAUGAUGAAGACAGCCCAGUGAAGAGCAAAGGGCGCAAGUCCGCAGCAGUUUUUGAAUCAUCACCCUCCCCGUCUCCUCAGAAGUUAAAGGUUAAUGAUAGUAAAACACCGACCGGAAUCGCAAAGCGUCGGAGGAUUGUAUCAUCGGGCAGUGAAGAUGAGACACCUACAAAAAAGACCAGUUCCCCAGAAACGAAGCCGAAGGAAUCGAUUAAAAACGAAGAUAAGAGCCCGGUCAAGACAUCGAAGUCGACAACCGUUGUAAAGAAGGAGAAGAAAUCCCCAAAGGAGACGCCGAAAAAGAAGUCCCCCAAACAAAAGUCUCCCAUCAAGAGAGAAAAAGAUCAAGACGUUGAGAUGAAGGAAGUUAAACAGGAAAUAGAAUCGCCAGCAAAGGAACAGAAAACUGUGGACACGAAAGAUAAGGCUGCCAACGUGAUGAGUUUCUUCACCAGUGCCAAGAAGGAAGAGACAUCCAGCACUGCUAGUGGCUCCAAAGUAGACGGAGUCGAUUACAAUCCGGGGAAGAAAAACUACCACCCGAUAAACGAUGCCUUUUGGAAGAAGGGCAGCAAAAUACCGUAUCUCGCUUUGGCUCGAACUUUCCAGAUAAUCGAAGAAACAAGCGGACGCUUACGAAUGAUAGAGAUUCUUAGCAAUUACUUCCGGUCGGUAAUUGUACUCAGUCCGAGCGAGCUUCUGGCAAGCGUAUAUCUUAGUCUCAACCAGCUCGCGCCGGCAUACGAAGGCGUUGAGCUGGGAAUUGCAGAGCACACGCUGAUGAAGGCUAUCGCCCAAAGCACUGGUCGGAGUUUGUCUCAGAUCAAAACCGAUGCGCAAAAUACCGGUGAUUUGGGACUGGUGGCCGAACAAUCCAAGAGCAGCCAGCGAAUGAUGUUCCGUCCGGCGCCACACACUGUCGAGGGAGUGUUCGGAAAGCUACAAGAAAUUGCGAGGAUGACGGGCACUGCUUCGAUGGCGAAAAAAAUGGACAAAAUUCAGUCGAUGUUUGUGGCGUGUCGUCACUCGGAGGCUCGCUUCAUCAUACGCUCGCUGGCAGGGAAGCUUCGCAUAGGACUCGCCGAGCAGUCCCUUCUUCAGGCUCUGGCCCAAGCUUGUGCUAUGACGCCACCGAAUUCGAAGGACCAAAAAGAGCCUAUUCUGAACGCAUUGAACAAAUGCAGCGAAACAUCUGCGAAGGCAAAAGUAGACGAGAUCGCGUUAAUACUUAAAACGGUAUACUGCCAAUGUCCAAAUUAUAAUCAGAUUAUCCCCGUGUUGUUGGAACACGGUAUCGACCAUUUAUUGGACAAAUGCCCGAUGGUUCCGGGAACCCCGCUGAAGCCUAUGCUGGCACAUCCUACCAAAGGUGUGCAUGAGGUUCUUGAACGCUUCGGUGGUAUCGAUUUCACCUGUGAGUGGAAGUACGAUGGAGAGCGAGCUCAGAUUCAUAUAGCCGAUGAUGGUAGCAUUAACAUCUACAGUCGUAAUCAGGAGAACAACACGAGCAAAUAUCCGGAUAUCAUAGCGCGGUUGGAUCGUACGCGACUGGAAUCGGUGCGCAGUGCUAUUCUAGAUUGCGAAGCUGUGGCAUGGGAUCCUGAGAAGAAACAAAUUCUGCCGUUCCAGAUUUUGAGCACCCGCAAACGGAAGGAUGCCAACGAGACGGACAUCAAAGUACAGGUAUGCGUCUUCAUGUUCGAUUUGCUGUAUCUGAACGGCUCCCCUCUGGUCGAACGUCCCUUCCUCGAGAGGCGUGAACUGCUCUACAAACACUUCCGCGAAAUCGAGGGCGAAUGGAAAUACGCCACACGAUUGGACACCGAUGAUAUCGAUGAGUUGCAACGCUUCCUGGAGGAUGCCGUCAAGGGAAACUGCGAGGGUUUGAUGGUAAAGACCCUCCAGAAGGAGGCCACCUAUGAAAUUGCCAAACGUUCCCGGAAUUGGUUGAAGCUGAAAAAAGACUAUCUCACCGGGGUCGGAGACUCGCUGGAUUUGGUGGUGAUUGGUGGCUACAAGGGCAGAGGCAAACGAACGGGAACUUAUGGAGGGUUUCUGCUUGCUUGCUACGACGAGGAUAACGAGGAGUAUCAGAGUAUUUGCAAAAUUGGUACCGGAUUUUCGGACGAUGACUUGCAGCGGCAUACGGACUUCCUGAAGGAGCAGAUUAUUCCGCGAGCUAAGAGUUACUAUCGAUACGACACGUCCCACGAACCGGACGAUUGGUUUUCGCCAGCCCAAGUAUGGGAAGUGCUAUGUGCGGAUCUAUCGCUGAGUCCAGUUCAUCGUGCUGCACAGGGCAUCAUCGAUGGCGAGAAGGGAAUAUCUUUACGUUUCCCUCGAUUCAUCAAAAUUCGCGAUGACAAAGGCGUAACCGAUGCCACUUCCGCUAAACAAGUGGCCGAAAUGUAUUUGAACCAAGACCAGAUAAAGAACCAGCAGGGAAAUCAACGCGAUCCCGAAGAAGACUUUUACUAGAUAAGUUAAUGUAUUUCCUGUUUGUUUGUUUUGUGUCCAUUGUAACCCAAAAAUAUUACAGUUAAAGCUAAAACAAUUUGUGUUAAUCAUCAGAAGCGACUUCAGCUUUGAUACAGAUGAGAAAUAUUCGCCCAUAUGUAGUUCGAAUUAUCCUCCUGGGAGGUAUUCUCCGGUCCCCAGGUAUCCGGCCUUGGGAACGGAUUGUGUCGAUCCAGAUAAUAGCUGCUUGGGGCAUGCAUCACAAAUUCCAUACAGCUAAGCUUCCGCGGGAGAUCUUCCUCGGGCCCUAUUAGAUAGGUAGCAGGGUCGAACUGUUCGUUUGGCGGAGGACUGGAUGUCGUUGGUAUAAGCCAAGUAAUAUAGGCAGAUUUUUCACAGUAAGAGUCGAUUUGCAAGCC